CGCGAAAGCGACAGCGCGAAGGUGCACCGUCAUAACCGUCCAGCUUCUGUUGCCCCCCAUUACGAUUUCACAAAGAGCAUCCGCAGCUUGUUUCUAGCUUCACCACAGUCCUGUAGAGGUAGUGCGGCACGCCCCAACUUGUCGCGCCAACUUGACGCCCAACAACCUGUACUCGCUCUUCUCGUAACAAUCCCGCGGGUUUAACCAUCUGCCGUGAGGAACAACGCAGGAAACCCACACAUCCCUUCCUCCAACCCCCUCCGGCUCCCACGCUUACAAACACCACCACACCACCACCAUGUCCUUCCUCCUCGCCACCACCCUCCUGCUCUCCUACCUCUCCCACCCCACCCACGCUUACACCCUGCACGGCUACUGGGGCGCCAACCUCGCCCAAAACCAAUACCCCUCCUCCCCCACCUCUCCCUCAGCCUACACCGAACCCUCCCUCGCAACAAUCUGCACCUCUACACCCUACACGCACAUCCACCUCUCAUACAUGAAACUGCAUUUUGAUGUCCUGAAUAACUCGGCGCUGGAUUUGGAUGCGCAUUGCAGGUGGCCGACGAAUAAAUGGGCCGGAUAUCCUGAUCCCGUCAAAGGGUUCAAUGUGCUGGACUGUGGCAAUGUGGGGCUGGAUGUGGAGGUUUGUCAUGCGGCGGGGAAGAAGGUCAUUCUCUCAAUAUCGCCGAUGGACUACCUCCUCACCGCCACUCGCGCCGAAGCCUCUGCACGGAAUGUAUGGAACUUGUUCCUGGGGGGCACGUCAAGCUACCGACCGUUUGGGAAUGUGGUGUUGGAUGGGGUGGAGGUACGGGCGUGGAAUAAUGACCCGAACCCGGAACUCUAUGUGGUGUUUCUGAGGACGUUGAGGGAGUUGAUGGACGGGAGUGGGAGGAGUGGGUGGGUCAUUUCUGGCGCCGUAUCCUGCAUCUACCCCGACUACCUCCUGGGCCCAAACACGUUGAACAACACCCUCCUCUCCCUCCUCCCAACCGCCUUCACCCACCUCACCAUCUCCAUGCUCUCCAACCCGGCCACCUGCGGGUACAGCAGCAACACCGCCGGUUUCUACUCCCACCUCACCGCCUGGGCCACGUUCCUCACCGCGGCAUCGCCAAACACCUCGUUGGUCGUCACGUUGCCGAGCUGGUAUACCCCGGAAUGGGUCAAUGGGGCGACGGGAGAUUAUGUGCGGCUUCAGAGUGUGUAUGAGGCGGGGUUCUGGGAGCGGGUGAAGGCAGUGGGGGGGUUUGGGGGGCUGGCGAUGCAGGAUGUGAGUUUUGAUGUGUUGAAUCGGCCGUGUAGUGGGAAUGACUCUAUUACGUAUUCUGGGGUGUUGUGGGGGUUGUUGAAUGGGGUGGGUGGGAAUGGGACGAGGUGUGCGGAGACGACGAAUGUGUCGCCUUUUGGUGGCGGGGUCAGUGGGGCAAGCAGUACGGCGGCGACGAGGAAGGCGGCGGCGACGUCGACACUGAAGGUCGAGCCGAUCACGAGUGAUGGAGGGGAGGCGUUGGGGCAGAUGUGGCAGGUGGUUUUGCCGAUUUUGGUAGUGCCAAUUGUUGGGUUGUUACUGAGGGGAUGAGGGGUAGGAUGGAUCGUUCGAUGGAAGGGACAGUUCGCCGACGCUAUAAGAUUGGCGACCGUUGCGAGGUUUGUCAUUUACAUACUGUAUAUACAUUUUUGGGAUGAUACAACCGCUCUGAGUGAAUCUCUGAGGUGAAUCUAGACUGAGG